UUGGUGUCAGUUUCUUUUAUAGGUUGGUACCGGGAAUGCGGUAUUAUACUAUACACGAAUGACAUCGAUUUUGCUUUUUUCAUCGAAGAGUACUAUAAAACAUUAGAAAGCGAUCUUCUGAAUUGUCCUCUUCUGAAGCUUAAACGACGACUGAACAAACCAGAAAACUUGUUGGAAUAUCAAACAAUGAUAAAUGGAUAUUCAAUGGAUAUUUUUUUUCUGUAUCACAAUAAAAGAGGUUCUUGGGUUGGAGGCUUGGGUGGCCGAGACAAGUACAUGUGGUCAUAUCCUACAGUAAUCAAUCGAAUCUGUGCAGCGGAUUUACUGGGAUAUUUGAUGUAUGUGCCCUGUAGUCCACUCGAUGUUAUCAAGAGUGACUAUGGCGCCGAAUGGAAAAGACCGAUAUCAAAAGUACCAUGGGAGCAGCCACAUAACAGGCGUUAUGUUGGCAGAUACAGGGUUGGAGAAAUGAAAGAUGCUAAUGUCAUUUUUGGUUAG